UCCCGGCGGCUCCGGCUGGAAACGCGGCCCCGGGGAGGGAGGGCGGCGGCAUGGCGGCCGUGCUGCGGCGGGCAUGGCGGGGCAGGCGGGCGGCGCUGCUGGAGCCCCGCUACACGCCGCUGGUGGCCGCCUGCCUCUGCCUGGCCGAGGGGGGGGUCAACCUGUGGGUGAUCCGCAGGGUGCCCUACACCGAGAUCGACUGGAAGGCCUACAUGGCCGAGGUGGAGGGCUUCGCCAACGGCACCCGCGACUACACGCAGCUGCGCGGCGACACCGGGCCGCUGGUCUACCCGGCCGGCUUCGUGUACGUCUUCCUGGGGCUCUACUACGCCACGGGGCGAGGCGCCGACGUCCGCCUGGCGCAGUACAUCUUCGCCAGCCUCUACCUCCUCAACCUCCUCCUGGUCUUCCGCAUCUACUGCCGAACCAACAAGGUCCCCCCGUACGUUUUCUUCUUCAUGUGCUGCGCCUCCUACCGCAUCCACUCCAUCUUCGUCCUGCGGCUCUUUAACGACCCCGUGGCCAUGGCCAUCCUCUUCCUCGCCGUCAACCUCUUCCUGGAGGAGCGCUGGUCCUGGGGCUGCCUUCUCUUCAGCCUGGCCGUGUCGGUGAAGAUGAACAUCCUGCUCUUCGCACCCGGGCUGCUCUUCCUCCUCCUCAAACGCUUCGGCCUCCUGGGCUGCAUCCCCAAGCUGUGCAUCUGUGCCCUGCUCCAGGUGGUCCUGGGGCUGCCCUUCCUGCUCGUGAACCCCGUGGGGUACCUGAGCCGCUCCUUCGACCUGGGGCGCCAGUUCCAGUUCAAGUGGACGGUGAACUGGCGCUUCCUCCCAGAAGAGGUUUUCCAGAGUCGGGCUUUCCAUGCCCUGCUGCUGCUGGCUCACCUGGCUGGCCUGGGGCUCUUCGCGCUGCACCGGUGGCACAGGUCCAGCGAGAGCAUCCUGUCUCUGCUAAAGGACCCCGCCGACAGAAAGCACCCGUCCCCUCCGCUGAGCGUCAACAAGAUCGUCUUCGUCCUCUUCUCCUCCAACUUCCUGGGCGUCUGCUGCAGCCGCUCCCUGCACUACCAGUUCUACGUCUGGUAUUUCCACACGCUGCCCUACCUGCUGUGGUGCACCCCGACUGCCAAGCUCGCCCACAUGCCCAAGGUGCUGCUGCUGGGUGUGAUCGAGCUCUGCUGGAACACCUACCCCUCCACGGUCUGCAGCUCCCUCUCCCUGCACAUCUGCCACGGACUCGUCCUGCUCCAGCUCUGGUACGGCACGGCCCCGCUGCCGGCCCCGCACGUGCCUCAGCCGAGCAAGAAGCCCGCGCCCCUCUCCAAGAAGGCGCAGUGAGAGCGUGGCCGGCUGGACGAUGGGAACGGGCUCUGGGACUGCUCCUUCUGCCUGGUCUUCUUCCCAACCAGCUCCCAGGCUGCCCCCGCUCGCCCCGGGAGGGCCCCGAGUCCUGGAACUGUGCGAAGGGGGCAGUGCGGGGACCCCCCAGCGGGCAGGACUUCUCCAAUAAAGGGGGCUUCAGGAGCCCUUCCCCAGC